AUGGGGAAUACAGUCUGUACAGACGUUAUUCCCUUCACUUUGGAUGAUAUUCUCCUCUCACAUCAGGCAAGUCCACAGCGUCGUGUAGAGGAGGUGCUCUCAGCAGCGAGUAUAGAGAAUUUUGCACGAUAUCAACAUAACGUGAAGGCCUUUAGUUUCUUUCAACGCUCCGGAGGAAGUGGUGCCUUUCGCUUGGAUACAUCGCAGGUAUAUUCAUUACCAGUGGAUUUAUCUCAAUCCAAAAUACGUCUAGAUGAUACAGGUGUCUAUAUGCUAAUACACGUCCAACGUAUACCUUUAUCUACAAACACUCACCAUCAUAUCAACAACAAUAAUAAUAAUAAUAAUAAUAAUAAUAAUAAUAACUCCACAACCCACACCAAUACAACAGCUGCGAAUACAAGUGCGGCUACUAUAAAUGCCUCGACGACUGGACGAAGUGAUGGAUCCACACCGCGUUGUGGUGAGAAAUCAUUAAAAGAUUUGGAUUCCGCACGUCGUUGGGGUGAAAAAGCCCCACCGUGGGCAUCUGUGAUUGCAGAUGUAUUUACCCCACGAGGAGUGGCAACCAGUUUCUCUACUAAUAUUGGUAAACCUUCUUUAUUUCUACGAUCCUCUCCCACUUCUACUUCUACCUCUGCUGCUGGAGUGGAUGGAUUUGAUUUCCGCUAUAGUGUUCAUGUAUUGACAGGUGUAAAGGCCAGUCAAGUGUUAGCCUCCGGGGCGGUUUUACAUGCAUUAAAAGUAGAACGUCGACUUAUCGAAAAUGAAGAAGUGGUGCGCCGAUUGUUUUUUAAUUAUAAUAUUCGUCGAUGUGCGUUUGAUGCCUCAAUAGAAACAGGCGUCUGUGUUCCUGUAGGAGAUGUGGUCCAUAAUGAUAAAACCCCACGACGUAGUCCUAGACUUACAGAGGAAUAUGCAAAGAAUUCUCUUCUUCGUAUUUUAUAUGCUUUUCGAAGUAAACCAAUGUUGCCUGCGUUGUUGGUAACUCCUUCUUCUGCGCGGGGAAAUGCCGCUUCUCGCGGAAGUACACCGCGAGGGAAGAUGGGAACUCCCACUGCCGCCACUUCCUUUUCCUUUUCCUUCUAUCAACAACAACAACAACAACAACAACAACAACAACAAUCACUUCAACAACAAUCCGGUAAUUCCCCUCCAGGUGUAGGGGCUAUCAACACAACAACAACAACAACAGCAAUUUCAUCAUCUUCAGGGUUUAUUCCUCAACCGCCAGGUGUAUUAGAAAUUCCACGUUUACGAUUUGUGUUAGAUACAGGAAGACAAUAUGCGAUGGAACCACCAUUAAAUGCCCCAAGACGUUCAAAUACACAAACCCCGCAAGCAUCUCAACGAGAAGGGAAUUCAUCUGUAUCGAAUGCGGCUUCUUCACAUACACCACAUACUUCUUCCGCAUCUCCAAGGUUUCCUGUCAUUUCUAAUUUACGAUUGAAUGAGACUUUAAAUGGACGAACGAUUUCGGAAUUACCUGCUGAAAAUGAUGAAAUACGAAUGACAGAAGAACGUAUGCAAAAAUUAAAGGCAGCAUCUCCACAAGUUACGGAAGUCUUACCUUGGCUUUUUGUUGGAGGUGAAGAAGCGGCAAAAGAUCGUGGACAAUUACUUCGUAAAGGUAUUACUUCUAUUGUUAAUACAGUUGCAUUCUCCAUGGGUAAUUUACAUGAUGAAAUGUUUCAGUACCUUGGACUUUAUGUAAGUGAUUCUCCGGAUGAACCUAUUUUCUCUCUAUUUCCAGUGGUAAUACGUUUUGUAGAAGAAACCCGAGUGGCUGGUGGAAAAACGUUUAUUCACUGUCAUCAAGGUGUAUCUCGUUCCUGUUCAUUUGUGAUUGCUUAUGUAAUGUGGCAACAGGGAUUAUGUUAUGAUCGAGCAUUUGAAUUUGUGCGAGCCAGACGUACUGUUUGCAGUCCAAAUGCUGGUUUUUAUGUGAAUCUUCUCUUUUGGGAAAAUCAACUUACCACACCUGUAUUAAAUAAAGCCUAUGCCUAUGUUCCUUAUACAGAAUAUAUAUUUCCCUUUUCAUUUCGACUUGCUUUGGCUUUUCGCCAUACACAAAAACCACAUGAUGAUGAUGAUGCCCAUGUUGUGAAUACUUUUGUGCGAACAAUAUGUGAUACGAGUGAAACGUAUAUAGUGGAUCCUCGUUUGGGUUAUGGUAUUCUACUAGGAGAACGUAAUAGUGGUAAUAAUAAUAAUAAUAAUAAUAAUAGUAAUAGUGGUAAUAGUAAUAAUAGUGGUGGUAAAUCUAACAGCAUUCAUUCUUACUUUUUUGCUGGAAAGGAAUGUGAUUCACUUGUUCAACAACAAGCAAAGGAAGAUUGGGAGGCAUUUUUAAAAUAUAACUUUUAUCAUGGAGAAAAACGGUGUAGUGUUAAUAAUAAAGGGGAAUCUAUUACAUUUACACCACUUCCACCACUAACAAAGUCUACAGAGUGUUUACGAAGUGUAAAGGAGCUUGGUAAAGUAAUAGAAGAAAGUGUGUUUACCCGAACACGUAGAAGCUCUUCUAAUAAACGAGUCCCAAAACCAAUUUUAACACAUGAUCAUUGUUGGGAUUCUUUACUAGCACGAAAUGAUAUUGUCUUUACUUUUGCCAAUCAUCUUGCAGAACAACAACGAGUUCAAUUGGCUUCCUCUAAUCGAAAGCGUAAUCGAGAGGAGGAAAGACGUCGAUUAUCUAAAACAACCCACACAGUGGCUACUGCACGGAUAUCUCAACAUGGAUCUAAUAAUAAUAAUAAUAAUAAUAAUAAUAAUAAUAAUAAUAAUAAUAAUAAUAAUAAUGCCGCAGCCGCAGUUCCUUCUCUAUCUUCACGAUCAGUUUCAUUUGGUACAGGAUUAGCAACAGCCGCCGCGAUAUCCACAGGCACAACAGAAGCCGCACGUAAAUCUUCUUCCUCUACUUCUAUGAAUAACUCCAGCACCAAUAACACAGCGGCUACUGCUGCGGCUGCGGCUGCGAAUACCAAUACCAAUACCAAUGCCAAUCCCAACAAUAGUAAUAACGCAACAACAACAACGACGAAUAGUACCGCUGUGGAGAUCUACGCCUAUCCCUUUACUGGUCCUCCACUUUCGAAUAUCAUUGACGUGACGGAUAUGGAGGCGGGCCGCUGUUAUGUUAUUCUCGUCCCCGCGGCGAGUAGUCGCUCCGACACCCAUCGUGUGUUUCUCUGGCUUGGCGGCAGUUGCGGGAUUACGGAGUCGGAGGCCUGGCAGGCGUAUCGCCGCUCACUGAAGAUUGGACGAGAUGUGCGGCUCUCCGGUGGGGCUCUUCUGUCAAACCCGCAGGAGGAACUCGCCCGGGAUGGGAAUGAGCCAGAUGAUCUCAUCCUCGCACUGGAUUAA